AUGGAGGAGAAGUUUGGAAUGGAGGAGAAGAAUCGAAGUAUGGAGAAUAAAUUAAUGAAGAAGAAGUUCAAGAAGGAGAAGAAGUUAAGGAAUAAGAAGUUUUGGAUGGAGAAGAAUUUAAGGAUAAAGAAGAAAGUAUGGAUGGGGAAGAAGUUUGGGAUGGAGAAGAAGUUAAGGAGGGAGAAAUAG